AUGGCUAUGGUUGGAGUUGUGAUUUUGAGGACGGGCGAUCUGGGAUACACAGCCUGGUCGCCCUUCGUCCCUUUUAGGAAGUUCUGGACGUGCACAACGCAGAACCGCAUCAAAAAGCGCCUUUUCCCUGUCUAUCAACAACCCUCUGGAGCAACCAUCAGCAAUCAGGUCCACGGACCCCCUGUCACUUCGCUGUCGCUACCCGGACAUAUUGCUCCAAGUUUCCCAGGCAUGAUCGUCCGCUCAUGCCACCGCGUGGUUCGACAGGCUGAGCUUUACGGGUUGAUGAAAAUAGAGCAACUAGAGCAUUCAGCGAGGGUCCCAUCGGGCGGCACAGCGGCACAGGGGCACAGGGCGGAUAAGAGGAAAAUGAGAAGAGAAAAAUGA